AUGUUAAGAAGUGUUAUCAUUAUAACUGGUAAUGGUACUCUACUAUUUGAAAAGAUAUGGGUUGCAAUUCCAGCGAUGGCAGGCAAAGCCAAUAUGUUUUCAUCACUUUUAACUACAGUUCAAGAGUUCUCUAAACAGAGUACCGGUAUGUUUGUAUCAUAUAUAGAGUUUGGUCAAUCAUCUAUAACCGUUGUUUAUGAUGAAAAGAGUCUUGUAAAAUGUUGUUUAUUCCAUGACGUCGGUGAUGGAGCAGAGUUUGGAAAGUUAAUUGCAAAUCAAUUGUUAAGAGGAUUUCUAGAGAUGUACGGUGAUACUGACUUCUCACAUUCACUACAUAAUACAUCAAAGUUCAAUGGUUUCUCGAAUAAGAUCUAUGAUUCAAUUGCAAAUUCAGCUAGAUCGAUAUUACAGAUUUUGAAAACAAAUAGAGGUAUUCAGAAUGCAAUUGUUGUAUACGGUGAUGGAACAGCAGUGACAACAGGCACAGAAGAUCAAUUGGGUGUCGUUGCAAAUCUUCAAGCAAUGUUAUCGUUUUCAAAUGAUAUUUUAUUAUCAAAAGGUGAUAGGACAAGAGAGAUUAUAUUGGAUAUGAUUACACAGAGAGUGUUUAUAUCUAAAGUUGGACCUGCUCAUUUAGUUUGUAUUUGUAAAAAGAAUAAAGAUCCAUCCAUAUAUCAACCUGCCAUUUAUAAUGCUGUAACACUAUUAGAUAAAGAAUUUGCACCAAUUGAAAUAUAUGGUUUUGAAACUGAGACAUCAGAGGAUCAACAAUCCAAUGUAACCAAUUACUUUUAA